GCAAGAAAUUGAACGGGACGAGACCUCUUCCCCGCUACCAGUUUGCUUGCUACAAAAGACCUGCGUGUAUCGUAUAGCCGUUCGACUCCACCUGAUUUCGGUCCAGGGUGAAGCUCGCUAACAAAAGUAGCGCAGAGAGUGCAGAAGAGCUCGCUUGGGCAUUGUAUGACCUUUACUUCCAGUGAAGCGGAAGACUUGUUGGUUGUGUUGGAUUCAGAGACUUUGAAGAUUCGCUAUGAAUGGACGCGACUACGGAACGGAAUCCUCGACUUUGGCCACUGUUCCCCCGAAUCAAGAGGACAUGACGUCGCUUCUUUCGGUCAACGGCUUAACGGACGAGGACCCUGAGAUUGAAAAACUCUUUGAUCAGUUCUACAACGAACUCGUACAUCAAGACAACGAAAGCUCUUGGGCCGAACCCAUUUCGUUCAAAGACAAGGAAGGUUUUCCUUGCUUUGCCCUCAAUACAGCCUUGGAACAUCAAUACCAACAACAACAGCAGCAACAGUUAUCUCUGCACUCGGGACACCAAUGGAACCCGGCUCUUCGCCCGCUCCCUAUUCCGCAGACUACCGGCGGUAACCCCACCACGAGUUUGCCGCAUCCGUCGCCUUUGCGAGCCGCCAAGCAGCUCCCGGCCAAAGCCCCACGUAGUAGUGCCAAGCACGGGAAGGUUUCAACGGCGACUCUGCUUCGUAACGGUACCAGUGCUCACUGCCUGACGUCCACGAAAGGAAACUCGGUGCCCGCCAGGCAACGGGCGGUCGGCCGGACCGCCGAUGUACCGAACGACACGGUAACCGCGAUGAUUUCCGAGUACGACGUAGUACUGGGCGACACACACACACCAACCUUCGCUACUGAAGUGUACCGUCAGGUCCGACAGGAAUACGCCAAGCGACGUAUCAAACCACACGAGCUUGCCCAACUCAAGCACAAGGUCCAGCAACAAAUUUUGCUGGCCAAAACCGCGGAAGCCAACAACAGCGGCCACAACUUGCCCUACUCGGUACACCACAACAACAUCCCCGAAGGUCCCACCUUCUGGUAUAGCGUCAAGGCAGCCGCACGGUUACAUGGGAAAAUCCAGCCGGGAUCGUCGCAUCGGUACCUGCCCCACCGCGCAGACAAGGGCCCCUACGCCAUUGCUACAGACCAAGCCAUUGUUGACGAUGUCCGCAACGCACCCCGCAAAUCACGGACGCGCAAACUCACACCCGUCUUUCGAUUGGCCCUCGGUUCUAACCGUUCCGUCACAACUUUGACGGGCAGCAGCGCCAUUGCCGACUUGGCUGCGCAGGCGCAACUCAUUAGCGAGACAUGGAUGGCCGGGGAUGCCGUCAAGACCUGGUGUGUUGAGACUUUUCGGACCGACCUGAAGCGCCUCGUUUCCUGGCAUCAGACUUCCGUGACGGCGUCGCCUACACCUUUACCCGAGACGCUCGAGUGCACGCUUGCUUCCAAAGGACCGUCGGCCCUUCAGGUACGCCUCCAAGCUCUGCACGUCCAACAAUUAGAGGUCGGAUUCUGCGAAGCGGUUAAUCGCUUGGGGAACGAUAUGGUGGAGCGGUACAAUCGGGUACAAAAAAUGCUGUCUGAGACGCAUUCUAGCCACCCCACACCUGACACCGACGACUCGGGGGACGUUGUCGCCGGAUCCGACGAAGACGAUGAUACUGGAUACGCUCCGGCGGCGUAG